AUGUCGGUUUCAGCUACGAUCUUUUAUAUACACAUUUUGUCUUGCCCAAUCAUAGCCGAGCUCGCGAAAAAUAAUAACCUCAAGGAGUACAAGAAAGGGAAAUUGUUCCCGAAUCCGAUACACUUACCAUGUGACAUUAAAGCUCAACAACAAAAACUAGUCAAGAAUCGUGAACAGGGAAGCAAUAAUAACUUCAAUCUGUGA